CACGUACGUAGGCGAACUCAGCUUCGGGGAUGGCUGUGGUCGAUGAGUGCAAGCUCAAAUUCAUGGAGUUAAAGGCGAAGAGAAGCUUCAGGUUUAUUGUCUUCAAAAUCGAUGAGAAGAAUUUGCAGAUAAUGGUGGAUAGAGUCGGCCAACCAGAUGAGAGCUACGAUGAUUUCACUGCUUGUCUUCCUCCUGAUGAAUGUCGCUAUGCUGUUUUCGACUUUGAUUUUGUUACUGAUGAGAAUUGCCAGAAGAGCAAGAUCUUCUUCAUUGCCUGGUCUCCUGAUACAUCAAGGGUGAGGAGUAAGAUGCUGUAUGCCAGCUCAAAGGAUAGAUUCAAGAGAGAGCUCGAUGGCAUUCAGGUGGAGCUCCAAGCAACUGAUCCCAGUGAGAUGAGCUUGGAUAUCAUAAAAGGCCGAGCUCUUUAAUUAAAUUCUGGAAUUGGACUUCCAGCCAUUUCUGUCUUUCUACUCUUACUUUUCCAUUCAAAAAUAUUUUUUAAUUUGGUUUGUAUUUUUCAAGAUGGGACUUCAUUAGGUUAUUAAUGACUGUGGGCUUGUA